AUGUCGGAGUUACGUUCAAGGGGUCGGACUACGGCAUUGCGAGAUGUGGACGAAGGUGAGGCGUUGGUUGAGAGUAUGUUACCUGAGGGACAUUCACCAAAAUGGCUGCGUGCGAAGGACAGACGAAUGCCUGCAGUGGAGCCGACGGGACAAUUCGAGCGAUUCUCGGAGACAAGAGCACGGAGACUUCUGAAUGAGUUGGCUGAUUUGGGGCCGAGAGUGAGCGGAUCUCGGGAAUGUGAGGUGGGUAUUGUUGGGUGGAUUUGA